AUGCAGCCCUUAUUCCCAGGAUUAGAGACCGUUGAAGACAUGAUCUUCUGGAGACAUUACAAUGAACACCUCAGCACGGUUUUAACGGUUGAGGGAGAGCACAGAAACGCCUUCAAGGACAUUAUGGUACCAAUCGCCGUCAGACACCAGGGCUUGAUGCAUUCAAUCCUUUCCCUGGCCAGUAAACAUCUCGAUUUUGACACACCGUAUGGUAUCAACUUGCUCAAAAACAACCCAACAACAUCCCGAGAAGCCUUGAGAGAACGGUCGAUCUACCACCACGAACAAGCAAGGCAAAAGUUUUACGAGGAUAUUGAGUCUACCAACGGGAAACCGUCAAUCGACGACAAAACUCUCAUUUCUGCCCGCUAUGGCCAAAUGCUCUGUUUCUUGCUCGAGGCCCUCGCAGAAGGCAGCCCUCGCGGCGAGCACAGACUACACUUAAAUGCGUAUCGCAGCCUGAUAUCUACAUCUCCUCCAGAGGACCCAGCAUUCCUCUCGUUCAUAUCAGAAUUCUUCCAGUAUCACAUCUACGCCGAUGAGCUCAUCCAUACUGCCCUGGCCGGGGAUAAUAACUGGCCGCCGAAGCGCCCGCCACCUGUCUUGGACAUCCAUCCCCCAAGACUCCUUGGUGUUGCAGACGGCAUGUUGGAGUGCCUUUCCGAAAUUACUGCUAUCCGAAAUUCGAUCCGUGCCAACAUGCUCGCAGAAGAAGAUCCAGUCGUUGACUACGAAAAGCUGUACAGAGCCACACAAAUCGACGCCAAAAUCCGUGAAUGGGUCAGCGAUUGGCCUUCGGGCGACAAUCGCAACCGUGUCACAGCGAUCUACCAACAAAUGCUGUGGAUCUACCUCGUCCGCACAGUCUACCCGCCCUCUUCGUCCCCUCCCCCAUCCCUCCCAUCCUCCACAACAUCCUCAGCUAUGAGAUAUGGCUCCCCUUCCCACAGCCGGCCGACCUCUUCCGUCGUCAACACCCCGCCCCAGUCGGCCUCCACAAGCUGUGCCUCUUCCCCGAGACUCGCUGCCUCCAACCCCAUGCAUGACGAUAAAGAACCCACGCCUGCUCGCACUUACUCGCAACAUCCUGGGGGAAGAACAGCCGACUCUCCGCCCCCCACCCGCCACCCCGUCCACCACGACCCGCGCAUCACCCAAGCCGUGGAUGAAGCCCUCUCCCUGUUGGAAGAAUUUAAGCCCAGCGACCCCUGCCAGACCCUGCUCUUACUGCCCUGCUUCCUGAUCGGAACAGCGGCUUUUUCCACGACCCAGCAGAGGCGCAUACGCGGAGUGAUUCGCAAUGUGCGUGGGUACACAGGGCUGAGGAACGCGGACAGGGUGAUGGAGGUGUUGGAGGAGAUCUGGAGGUUGAUGGAGAUGGGGCAGUGGGCGGCUGUGUGGGAUUGGCCGGGCGUGGCGAGGAGGUUGGGGUUGGAUUUCAUCCCUGCGUGA